AUGGCAACGUUGGAUGGUCAUGGAGACGGCUUCACUCCACUUACUCGCGACGUCCACAAUCUUCACAAGAUGCUUCUCACUGUCACGUCUGUUGGGAAGCUGAUCUAUGUGUCGAAAAAUCCACCUGUUUACUCAUUCGCCCCUCCAUCAAUCCACUUAACCACUUGUCUAUUGUCUUCUAUCUUUGGAAUCGAGAGUUCUCGGGGUCGUAUCGUCUGGGAGUACUUUGUGCCAGGCACCCGCCCGUCCAACACUUCAGUGCAACACCUCUUCGCGCAACGCACCACCGGUCAUUUUCCCCUCACCCCCGUGGCCUGUGUGCUUCUGGAGACACAGGAACCGCCAACGCUUCAAUCCGUCCUGCUCUACCUCGAUCCCAUCCUCGGUGUGCCAUUGAAUGCGCAAACGCUGAAGCCGGCGGCGACGGUGGAGGACGCGAUGGUCCGACUACCUCGCCGCAUCAAACUGGCGGCCCUGGUACCAACAGCAGCAUUGAGGCCGUUAUCAGGAUCGAAUCCGACGGUGGAGGGAGAAGCGGAAGCCGAGGCGACGAACCAUGUGCGACCUCUCUGUGUUGUAAUGGAGGAUCUCUCUGUGAUGUUACUGCCUCCCGCUCUAUCCACCAUCAAUCCCAGGAAUUUACUCCCAUCUCACGGUCUCUACAUUUUCGCGUUGAACACCGAGCCGGCCGCUGUCUCGGGUUACCGUGUAAUGGCGAUAGCUAAGACUACCACAGCCCUCACCGCUCAGCCGCUAUGGCAUAUGCACCUCUCUUCAGAGGACUAUCCGCAACGCAUCCUUCAGGCCGCGUUUGCCCGUGCGUUGGCAACCCUGCCUAGUGCAUUUCCUCAACCGGUUUCCCUUGGUUCUCUCCUCGCAGAGCAUGUCUACUCCAUUGGACGAGUGCUGGGUGACCGAAACGUGCUGUACAAGUACGUCAACCCCAAUCUCCUUGCGGUGAUGACCGGGGGAGUGAGCAAUGUAAAGAGCGGCUUGCCAUUGAUCUCCCUCUACCUCAUCGACACGGUGGCGGGACAGAUAAUUCAUUCUGUCGUACACCAACGUGCCUCCGAACCCACGAGUUUGGUGGUCUCUGAGAACUGGGUCCUUUACAGUGUCUAUAACCAACGCUCUCUCCGCACCGAGUUCACUGUCAUGGAGCUCUUCGAGCCGCUUCACACCACUGAGAAUCUGGUUCCCAGUCCUUGGGACAUUUUAGUGCAUAGUCUUGUCCCUCCGUCUUCUUCCGCUAAAUCUGACGACCACAAUCGUCAGUUUUCCUCCCUUCGUCGCGCCGCUCAUUCUGCCCACGGUGGCAGCGAUGGGGUAUUAAUACCUGACAUCCUUCAACGUGCCUUCAUUCUGGGCAGUCCAUUGCGUUCUGGCGCGCUGGCCGUCUCACUGACUGAGCGUGGAAUCACUGCCAAGAGCCUCCUUUUUGGUUUGGAGACGGGGAACCUCUUGGAGCUACCCAAGUCCCUGGUGGAUCCACGACGCUCGUUGGACGUAACACCGGAACUUCAAGAGGAGGGUUUAGAACCUUACGCUCCAGAGCUCCCGAUGAGCACUCUCGCCGUCAUCUCGUAUAAUCUUACACUGGAGCGAAUUCAGCGUAUCUACACCGCACCCUCAGGACUGGAAUCUACCAGUCUCGUCUUUGCUCACGGACUAGACCUCUUUUUCACACGAAUAGCUCCUUCAAAGACCUAUGAUAUGUUGCGUGAUGAUUUUGACUACUACUUCAUCUCAAUGAUCGUAGUCGGUAUGACAGUAGCCUCCUACGUGACUAAGCACUUCGCUACUCGACGGGAGUUAGCCCGAGCUUGGCAGUGA